UGACGACACCACACGUAGUUUAUGGAAGGUCAUAGACUGCAGGGGUUGGGUAUAUAAGGUGGCAUCAGCCAACAUUCAGGCAUCAGUUCACUGCUUCACUCCAGCCAAGUAGAGCAGGAUGGAUCUACUCAGGAUUAACUCUUUGAUCUACCUGAUAAUCACUCUCCUUCUCAUUGAGAAUGGAGAGCUCAAGGAAUCGAAAACUGAUAGCAAAAAGGAAAUCACUAGAUUGAAGCGAGGUCGUCUUGAUGGCUUGCGGUCUGGUGAAUACCUACCACCAGGUGCUAGUGGACUAUCCAGUGACUACUCUCCAGCUGGUGGCUACUCCAGCGGAGGGCCUGGUGGAGCCAACGGUGGAGCUAACGGCGGUGGAGCCGGAGGCUACUCCAGUGGAGGUCCCGGAGGAGCCAAUGGUGGUGGAGCCGGCGGUUAUGCUAGUGGGGGUCCCGGAGGUGCCAAUGGUGGCGGAGCUGGAGGAUACUCCAGCGGAGGUCCAGGUGGUGCUAACGGCGGUGGAGCUGGAGGCUACUCAUCUGGAGGCCCAGGUGGAGCCAAUGGCGGUGGAGCUGGGGGAUACGCAAGUGGUGGACCCGGUGGAGCCAACGGCCUAGGAGGUGGAGCUGGAGGUUAUUCAUCUGGAGGACCAGGUGGAGCUAACGGUGGAGCUGGAGGAUACUCUAGUGGAGGUCCUGGUGGUGCUAAUGGUGGCGGAGCUGGUGGAUACUCAAGCGGUGGUCCAGGAGGUGCCAAUGGUGGUGGAGCUGGUGGAUACUCAUCAGGAGGUCCAGGAGGAGCUAAUGGUGCUGGAGGAUAUGCAAGCGGAGGUCCAGGUGGUGCUAAUGGAGCUGGUGGAGCUGGAGGAUAUGCUAGUGGAGGCCCAGGAGGAGCCAACGGUGGCGGAGCUGGUGGAUACUCAAGUGGUGGACCUGGUGGUGCCAAUGGAUUAGGAGGAGGAGCUGGAGGUUAUGCAAGUGGUGGACCUGGAGGAGCUAAUGGAGCUGGUGGAGCAGGAGGCUAUGGUAGAGGAGGCCCAGGUGGAGCUAACGGAGCUGGAGGUGCUGGAGGAUACUCAUCUGGAGGCCCAGGAGGAGCCAAUGGUGGUGGAGCUGGAGGAUACUCAAGUGGAGGCCCAGGAGGUGCAAACGGUGGUGGAGCAGGUGGAUAUGGAAGAGGAGGUCCAGGAGGUGCCAAUGGAGCUGGUGGAGCAGGAGGUUAUGCUAGUGGUGGACCAGGUGGAGCCAACGGUGGAGGAGCAGGAGGUUACUCAUCUGGAGGCCCAGGUGGAGCUAAUGGUGGAGCAGGAGGCUACUCAUCGGGAGGUCCUGGAGGUGCCAAUGGUGGAGCUGGAGGUUACUCGAGUGGAGGACCAGGAGGUGCUAAUGGUCUAGGAGGUGGAGCAGGUGGAUAUGCAAGUGGAGGUCCAGGAGGUGCUAAUGGUGGAGCUGGAGGUUACUCAAGUGGUGGACCAGGAGGAGCUAAUGGCGCUGGAGGUGCUGGAGGCUAUGGAAGAGGAGGACCAGGAGGUGCUAAUGGAGCAAGUGGAGCAGGAGGUUACUCAUCUGGUGGUCCAGGUGGUGCCAAUGGUGGUGGAGCAGGAGGCUAUUCGUCUGGAGGACCAGGAGGUGCUAAUGGUGGUGGAGCAGGAGGUUACUCUUCAGGUGGUCCUGGUGGAGCUAAUGGAUUAGGUGGAGGUGCUGGAGGAUAUGCAUCUGGAGGCCCAGGUGGUGCCAAUGGAGCUGGUGGACCAGGAGGUUCCUAUCUGCCACCUGGUGCUGGUGGUUCCAAUGGAUUUGGAGGCGCUGGUUCAGGAGCAGGAGGCCCAGGUGGUUCUUAUCUCCCACCAGGAGCUGGUGGAGCUAAUGGAGCUGGAGGUCCAUCUGGAUCUUAUGGUGCACCAGGUAGUGGAUCUGGAGCUGGAGGUCCAGGUGGUUCUUACCUGCCACCAGGAGCAGGAGGUGCCAAUGGAGGUCUAGGAGGUGGAUCAGGAGCUGGAGGGCCAGGAGGUUCUUACUUGCCCCCAGGUGCUGGAGGAUCUAAUGGAUUUGGAGGAGCAGGAUCAGGAGCAGGAGGUCCAGGAGGUUCUUACUACCACCAGGUGCAGGUGGAGCCAAUGGAGCUGGAGGCCCAUCAAGCAGAUACGGAGUGCCAGGAGCAGGGACUAGGAGCAGGAGCAGGAGGCCCAGGAGGAUCCUACCUCCCACCAGGUGCAGGUGGAGCAAAUGGAGGAGCCAAUGGAGCUGGAGGACCAUCAAGCCGAUAUGGAGUACCAGGAGCAGGAGGUCCAGGAGGUUCUUACUUGCCCCCAGGCGCUGGUGGAGCUAAUGGAGCUGGAGGAUUUGGAGGAGCAGGAUCAGGAGCUGGAGGUCCAGGGGGAUCAUACCUUCCACCAGGUGCAGGCGGUGCUAAUGGAGGUCUAGGAGGUGGUUCAGGAGCUGGAGGUCCAGGAGGUUCAUACCUUCCACCAGGAGCGGGAGGUGCAAAUGGAGCUGGAGGCCCAUCAGGAGCUUAUGGAGCCCCAGGUAGCGGAUCAGGAGCAGGAGGUCCAGGAGGUUCUUACUUGCCACCAGGUGCAGGAGGAGCAAAUGGACUAGGAGGUUCAGGAUCAGGAGCAGGAGGCCCAGGAGGCUCAUACUUACCACCAGGUGCAGGAGGAGCGAAUGGAGCUGGUGGACCAUCUGGAAGUUAUGGUGCCCCUGGUAGUGGAUCAGGAGCAGGUGGCCCAGGAGGUUCUUACUUGCCACCAGGUGCUGGUGGUGCCAAUGGAGCUGGAGGAUUUGGGGGAGCAGGUUCAGGAGCUGGAGGUCCAGGAAGUUCCUACCUUCCACCAGGAGCAGGAGGAGCCAAUGGUGCUGGUGGACCUUCAGGUUCUUAUGGUGCUCCAGGUAGUGGAUCAGGAGCUGGAGGCCCAGGAGGUUCAUACUUGCCACCAGGAGCUGGAGGUGCUAAUGGACUAGGAGGUGCAGGAUCAGGAGCUGGAGGCCCAGGAGGCUCAUACUUGCCACCAGGUGCAGGAGGAGCAAAUGGACUAGGAGGUUCAGGAUCAGGAGCAGGAGGCCCAGGAGGCUCAUACUUACCUCCAGGUGCAGGAGGAGCGAAUGGAGCUGGUGGACCAUCUGGAAGUUAUGGUGCCCCUGGUAGUGGAUCAGGAGCUGGUGGCCCAGGAGGUUCUUACUUGCCACCAGGUGCUGGUGGUGCCAAUGGAGCCGGAGGAUUUGGAUCAGGUUCAGGAGCUGGAGGUCCAGGAGGUUCCUACUUGCCACCAGGAGCAGGAGGUGCAAAUGGAGCUGGUGGUCCAUCAGGAGCUUAUGGCGCACCAGGUAGUGGAUCUGGAGCUGGAGGCCCAGGAGGUUCUUAUCUUCCACCAGGAGCAGGAGGUGCCAAUGGAGCUGGAGGCCCAUCAGGAGCUUAUGGUGCUCCAGGUAGUGGAUCAGGAGCUGGAGGCCCAGGAGGUUCGUACCUCCCACCAGGAGCUGGUGGUGCCAAUGGUGGUCUAGGCGGUGGUUCUGGAGCAGGUGGUCCAGGUGGUUCAUACUUGCCACCAGGUGCAGGAGGAGCUAAUGGCGCUGGAGGAUUUGGUUCUGGAUCAGGAGCUGGAGGCCCAGGAGGUUCAUACUUGCCACCAGGUGCUGGUGGUGCUAAUGGAGGUCUAGGAAAUGGAUCUGGAGCAGGAGGCCCAGGAGGUUCUUACCUUCCACCAGGAGCAGGAGGUGCUAACGGAGGCCUAGGUGGUGGUUCAGGAGCUGGUGGUCCAGGAGGUUCAUACUUGCCACCAGGUGCAGGAGGAGCUAACGGUGCUGGAGGUUCUGGUUCUGGAACUGGAGGCCCUGGAGGACGUUACCUUCCUCCAGGAGCUGGAGGUUCAGGAUCUGGAAGAAACGGCGGCUAUUAAUUCCCAUCAAACUAUUCCCAAAACUGAUUGUUCCUCUUAAUUUAAACUUAUAACAUCUCAUCGAAUCACAAGAACUGAUUAUUGUGAAUUCAUUAACAGUUAUGUACAAAUCAUUGUUGAAAUCAUGUAAAUUAAUUCAUCUAUCAUUCAAACAAUAAACUACUAUAAAAAUACA